AUGAGCAGCCUCUACGACUCCGAGGACGACAUCAGCGUCCGCGUCGCUCGUCACGACCGCUCCCCGCCCGCUGUGCGCUACGUCCAUAGCCCGCCGGUGCGGGGAGCGCAGUACGAGUACGGCUCUACGCCCACCUAUCUUGGCCCCGAACACCGCACCACCGUCGUCGCCGCCAGAUCGCACUCGCGCACCCGAUCGCCUCCUCGUGAUUUUCGCGAGAGCCCUCGCAACAGCCGCGUAGUCGUAGGAGCGCCGGUGCCUCCUCCUCCUCCUGCGCCAGCCCCAGCUCCCAUCAUCAUCAACAACCGCAUCUACAACGAGCACGACUCAGACGAGGACGGCGAUGACAUUUACCGUCGCAGUCGCAGGCCCGCUGCAGUUCCAGUGGUCUAUCGCCGCUCCUCCAGGUCCCGAUCUCGAUCUCGGUCCCGGUCAUCCUCUCGCUCAUCACACGGGCCUCGUACUGGACGCAUGACUCGAGAUGAGUGGGAAGCGGAGCAAGCACGCCGCGACCUUGAGCUUAUGCGCCUCAAUCAGGAUCGUGAAAAGGAGGACCGACGUCGCGAGAAGGAAUAUCGUGAGGAGGCAGAGCUCCGCCUGACACAGCGCCAGCUUGAAGUAAUUAAGAAGCGUGAGGCAGAGGAAGAGGCAGAGAAGCGUAUCAAGAUGGAGAUUGAGUUUAAGCAGAAAGAACUCGAGUUUAAGCGACAUAAAGAUCGCGAGGCAGAGGAAGAGCAACAAAAGCGCCUAAAGAUGGAGUUUGAGUUUAAGCAGAAGGAGCUUGAGUUUAAGCGACAUAAAGAAGCAGAAGCGGCCGCCGAGGAGAAGCGAAAGCGGGAUAAAGAAUAUCGUGACGAGGCUGAGCUUCGCCAUGCCCAGCUUACGCUCGAAGGCAUCAAGAAGCGCGACGCAGAGGCAGAGCUGGAGAAGCGUAUAAAGAAGGAGCUUGAACUGAAGCGCCUCAAGGAGGAGGAGGAAGCGGCUGAGGAGAAGCGGCGGCGUGACGCCUUGGCCCACGACGCUGUUGAGAAAUAUAAGAAGGCCGAGGCCGACCGCAUUGCUCAUGAGCAAAAGAUGAGGGAGCAAAACGACAAGGAGUAUAAACGCCGCCUGCACGACGAUCUCGUCAAGUCGGGCCUUGAUGAACACGCCAUCGAGGCUAUCCUCAGCCAAAAGAAGGUGCAAAAGGCUCCGGCUCCGGCUCCGGCUCCGGCUCUCCCUCCAGCCCACCCUCCAGCCCACCUCCCGAUGGUGCCUGCUCUCCCAGCUCCAGAGCUUCAUAUGGAGCGCCAUACGUACACGCGAAUGGCACGCAGGUACCUGUCGAUUGAGACACUGCGGACUUUUAACAUUGAUUUUGAGUUUGACGCUGAUCCCGAGUAUGUCCUAGUCAAGCGUUGGGUCCCCGAAUGGGAGCAGGACCAGUUCUGGGAACAUACCAAGCAAGUUCGAGAGAGGCGGACCAAGACCACCUUGAUGGUUGAAGACAGGCACUCCUCUCAUUCCCACCACAGAAGCCGAAGCACGGAGCUUGAGAUUGUCCGCAAGAAGUCCAAGCACGACCGCAAGAGGAGCAAGUCUCCGGGACCGCUGCUUAUGUAUUUGGCAGGAGCUCGCCCGUCCUAG